AUGUCCAUGUCACGUAUAGAUAUUCUUAGAGAUGAUGCUAAAUUUGAUAAAACAGCUAGAAUUUUAUUUGAUCAGCUUGAUCGAAAUAAAUCCGGAGCUUUAGAUAGACAAGAAAUAAGAGUAGCCCUCCUAAGAUACUUCAGAGAUAACAAUUUAGAAGAGCCUUCUGAUAUUGAACUAAAUAAAGUUUUAAAAGAUAUAGAUCUCAGUGGAAGUGGAGAAAUCGACUUUAAUUUAUUCAAAAAUUCUCUUAGAAGGGUUCUUCAAGAAGAAACAAGAUAA